AGGGGUGACUGACAACGAAAGCCACAACACGGGAUAAAAACCUCAGCUGAUAUGAUCACUUCAUCAUUUGAUCGAGAUUUAAUCUUCGAACAAGAGACCUCCAAGUUAACAUCAUCCUUUCGAGUUCGUAGUUCUUCAGAAGUUUUUUCAUAGAGAUGGAUUUCAAGAUCGCCACCGCUCUGAACCUCCCCGCCGAGCUGGUCUGGUUCAGCCGGCAGUCCUACGCGGAGGAGUUGUUAUCGUCCUCGUCAUCCUCGUCAUCUACCGACUGUGGGCUGGACGACUUGCCGUGUCUCUACGGCGGGCACUUCCCCGAGAUGCCGCAUGACCUGGGAAGCGACGGCACCCAGUCCCCGGGUCGGGACGACUCCGAUGACGAGGCAGAGAGCAGCGGGGAUGACUACACCCACGCUCUCUACGCUCAGGAGCAGCUGUUGAUGGAGGACGCUGACAGCAGUUUUGAGUUUGGUGUUGACAAGACCGACAGAAGUCUGUCUUACCAGCCUUCAUCCCCCCGUCCGACCAGCUGCCUGCCCCCGGCCAGUUCUCCUCCUUCAUCGCCAGACCAACGCCUGUCAGCGGUUCUUGAGAUCAGUUACACCCCGUCUCCCUCCGCUACCGUCCCUUCACCGUCACCGCAACCGGAGCUGAUGGUCGUCCCAAGCCCAGUCCCAAUGGAGACGCUGCAAGCUCCGGUGGUCAUCUCCCAGCUCCAUGACCUCGGCGCCCGUCGUUCCGUGUCUGUUGCACCGUGGCAGAGGGCCGUACUCCGGGAGGCUCACGGCAGGGACGGCAGUCGGCCUGGGCGGGCACAGCUUCGGGAGUUGGCUCAGCGCACUCACCUCCCGGUAUCAGUUGUUUCGUGGUGGUUUGUCGAGCAGCGAAGGAUCAGCUUCCAUCGGGCCAAGUUCGGGUUCUGCUUCACCGGGCCAGCUUCAAGGCCGUCCCGGACGAUCAAGAUUUCAGCCACCGAUCGCUAUAGCAGACACUAAGUGUAUCUUUUCACUUGUAAAUCUAUCCUUCACCAAUAUUUUAAUUCGGAGUACUUCAAACCGAGUUAUUCCCUUGCUAUAAAUUUUGGUAUCUGUCGUGUAAAUUUUGUACAUAUUUUCAUAUUUUCUAUCUUAAGUUUUGGAUCUCAGAGCUUUACAAGCUUACUGAGCAUCGUAGCUUUCAGAGCUGAGCCAGUUUCUUGCAGUAGUACAAAAGAACGACUUUGUAAAUUUUUGUAAAUAUUUCAAUUAAAACAUUCAGUUAGAGGUUUGGAAUUUUGAGAUUUUAAAUUUAAUAUGAUGAGUUUAAUGAUGUAAAUGAUAAGAUUGCAAAUCAGUGAUUGCCAGAAUAAAACUUUGUUUUAAUCAUGUACAUGA